AUGCGUUUGUCUAAUCAAAACAUUACUGACGAUGAACUUAUAAAAAUGCGUGAAUUUAGUAAAUGGAUUCUUGAAAUGGGUGUUGGUCGGCUUCCUACGUGUACAGUUGAAGGUGAAGACGAUGGUACAUGGAUCACUAUACCUGAUGAUCUUCUUAUUCCUGUUGCUGAUAAUCCUAUUGAUGCUGUUACAUCCAUUGUAUUCCCAGAUAUUUUGAGUAGACUUAAUGACAUGUCUUACAUAAAGGAACGAUGCAUCCUUUGCCCGACAAACGAUGAUGUUGACAUGAUCAAUUUACAUGUGCUUUCUAAGAUAUCUGGUGACAUGCAUGAGAUGUUAAGUGCUGAUGAGAUUUGUCGAAGUACUGAUAAUUUUUCCGAAUUGGAAAUUAUGUAUUCUUCAGAAUUUCUUAACACGUUGCGGUUCUCAGGAAUUCCAAACCAUGAGUUAAACUUAAAGGAAGACAUGACGAUCAGUUCCAAUUAUCUGAUGAUAAGUGAUUUGAGGCCUAACAUUACUGAUAAGUUGCAAGUCCAUGUGAUGGUCUCACGUAAGUGGACAACAUACAACCCUUCAACAGAUCGUGUUUUCUCUUUAGAUCUAAUUCUUUGUGAUGAAAAUGGAUCUUCUAUUCAUGCAACCAUUGCAAGUUCAUUCAUGUGCAAGUUUACUGAUGUUGUACAAGAGGGAUGUGUUUAUAGGAUAUAUAAAUUCUCGGUUUUACCUUGUCAAUCAUUAUAUCGCCCACUUCGUAUGGACAUCUUUAUUAAAUUUCUUGCUGAUACGUCAAUUGCUGCUUCCCACUUGCGAUCAACAGUCUUUCAACGUUAUGUUUUUGACUUAUUUCCGUUCAAUGAGCUUAGUUCACGUGUUGGUGACGAAAAAUAUCUUACAGAUGUCAUUGGGAAUCUUUGUGAGUGGGGUUCUCUUGAGGAAACAGCACGACCAUCUAACUCAUGUAAAGUUGGAUUGCGAAAGAUUGUUCUUUCUGAUCAAAGGUAUAAGUUGGUAGUUGAAGUAGCUGAUAAGGAUAAGCAAAUGAGUUGUGUUUUCUUUAAUGAAUAUGCUACUCAACUUAUUGGCCUUACUGUUGGUGAAUUAGUUAAUAUGAAUUUAUUGGAGGGUGGUAAUGAUCGUAAUUGGAUACGUACUUUCCUGUUUGAAAGGUUAUGUCGUCUAAGUAUUGUUUUUUCAAUUAAGAUUGACCAUUACAAUUUGGCACCACAAUAUGUGCUUCGUUUCACGGUUACUAAAUACCAUGGUGCAACUUGUAAAAUUCCAAACCAAGAAAAGACGUUGCCUACAAAUGAGGUAAUUUCUCAAUUGCAAACAACUGUUGUCGAAUCAUUGUUGUCUCCAUCAUCUGCAUCAACGGAUGACUUACGUAAUGUCAAAGAUGAGGGUUUCAGUGCUUCUAUUUCGGAAUUAAAUCAUACGGAAUGUAAAGAUGAUGAUGUUGGUUUAUUUCCGAUUCAAACAAAUGUUGUUGAAUCAGUGUCACCUAAAUCAGCAACAUCAACAAUAAUGGUCGUUUGUGAUAAUCAUGAGUUUGAUGUUUCUGACAAGCCUAUUUAUAAAGAUGCUUCUGGUAAUAUGAAAGAUGAUGCUAUUGUGGCAGCUAUGUAUGAGGUUGCUUCUAAUAGUAAUGAAAAUGAUGGUGUUACAAAAAGUGUAUCUGAUGAAAAGGAUGUGGAAGAUAGUGACAGAUGUGACAAUGUUGGUGACGAUACUAUUGAAGAUGAUAUUUCUAAGACACCUAUCUCCAUAUGUGGUUUACAAGAUGGUGCAGAAAGUGAAGAUGUUUGUGCUGUUAUUGAAGUUGAUUCUUCUGAAAAAUCGUUUAUCGGAUCCUCAAUAACACCAAUGAAGCGUCGACUUCCACGAUUGUGUGACGAGUCUUCGGAAGAUGAUAAUGGUGCCGGUGGUCUUCUUUCUAGCAGUGUAGUGGACCCAAUAACACACCAGAUUUUCCGCGGGUAUCCCUUCAGGGUGAUAAAACCCUCUGCGUACGCUCAUCCCUCCUCCGUUACAACUUACAACUUACAACUUACAACCUUCACUUCACUCCUCCUUCCGCUGCGAUCGAUGAUGGUCUCCACCUCCAAAUCCACCGAUUCCUCUAAUACCAGAAAUUUGCAGGGAGAGCAAUUUUCUGGUGAUUUAGGAUUCUUAACAUCAAGGAUAAAUCAACUGAAGAAGCAGAUUGAAGCAGAAAGGGCUCUUUUGAUCAAAGAAAAAGUUGAGAAGAAUAGAGAGAAGUUAAGAAGCGAUGUUUCUGAGCUUCUGUCAUUAGCUAUGCUUAGAACUGAUGGUUCGUCUAAGGAAAACAAUGGAGAGGGUAAGAUGCUUUCUUCAAGGAUUAAAAAUCCCCUUUGCCUUCUUACUGGCCAAGUAUCAAGUGAUGAUAACACCAACACCACCACUCAAGAAGCAGCUAUUUCCAUAAGCGCUAAGCUACCACCUGCAGAUAAAAUACCACCUUAUACUACUUGGAUAUUUUUGGACAGAAAUCAGAGAAUGGCUGAUGACCAGUCAGUUGUUGGGAGGCGACGUAUCUACUAUGACCAUAAUGGAAGUGAAGCUCUCAUCUGUAGUGACAGUGAGGAAGAGAUUACUGAACUAGAGGAAGAGAAACAUGAAUUUUCUGAGGCAGAAAAUCGCAUCAUGAGGACGAUUUGUCAGGAUUAUGAGCCUAGUGAGGAAGUACUUAAAAUCUUGACACAACAUAUCGGUGGAAAUACUUCAGAAAUCUAUGAGGCAUAUAUCAUGCUGAAGACAGAAGAAGAAGAAGAGAAAGUAAACCGAGAUGUGUGUACUUCUACAGACCAUGAGCAUCAUAGGAACAUAUCUCUGGACAAAAGCCUUAGUGCUUCAUUAGAUUCUCUUGAUAAUCUCUUUUGUCGGCGAUGUUUGGUAUUUGAUUGUCGUCUUCAUGGCUACUCUCAGUCUGUUAUUAUUCCUACGGAAAGACAGUACUGCCCUCUUGAGUCUCAAGAAAAUGCAAAACCCUGCAGUGACCACUGUUACCUUCAGUUUCAAACUGAGAAGAAGCAUUCAGAUUGUCUAGAUGUCUUAAGCGAGACACACAACAGAACCUCAGAUCAGAAGAUCCAGACUGGUGCUGAUCCAGGGAAGCAAAAGGUAUCAAAACAAACAACCACAGUGUUAGAAGAAUCAAAAGAUGUGACUAACGAGCAACAAGAAUCUUCCCUUAAAAAACAGAAAAGGUUGUCAAUACCUGAUGCAGUUUCUAUGACAAUUGAAGAUACUCAAGUUUGUGAUGAAAAAAGCAUGGAGGUGGAUGUUACCGAAGAUGAAACAACCAGAAAGGAUGAAGCAACUAGUUCUGGCUGUGUUUCAGCAGAUGUGAUGAAAGACAUGAGUAGAGGCGGAGUCCAUUUGUCAAAUCCAGUAGUAAAUUGUGAAUGGAAACCUCUUGAGAAAGAACUAUAUGUGAAGGGAUUAGAGAUUUUUGGGAGAAACAGCUGCCUGAUAACCAGAAACUUACUUUCUGGAUUGAAAACUUGCAUAGAAGUAGCCAAUUAUAUGUAUGAGAUUGGAGCAGAGACGUCACUUAAGGCAUGCUCUAUGUUAAAUGGCAAUGAGAGAGUGGAUGCAAAUGCUAAGGAGCAAGAGACGGGGUCAAGGUCAAGGCUGCUUCGCAGAAAGGGUAGAGCAAAGAAACUAAAAUAUUCAUGGAAGUCUGCUGGGCAUCCCUCCUCAAUCUGGAGACGAAUUGCUGAUGGGAAGAAUCAGUCUUGCAAGCAAUAUAUUCCAUGUGGAUGCAAAUCUAUGUGUGGAAAGGAAUGCCCCUGUUUAGAUAAUGCUACUUGCUGUGAGAAAUAUUGUGGGUGCUCGAAAAGCUGCAAGAACAGGUUCAGGGGAUGUCACUGUGCAAAGAGUCAAUGCAGAAGCCGGCAAUGCCCAUGUUUUGCUGCUGGCCGUGAAUGCGACCCGGAUGUUUGCCGAAAUUGCUGGGUCAGUUGUGGUGAUGGUUCUGUAGGAGAGCCCCAAAGGAGAGGAGAAGGCCACUGUGGUAAUAUGAGGCUCCUUCUCAGGCAGCAGCAAAGGAUUCUGUUGGCUAAAUCGGAUGUUGCUGGCUGGGGAGCAUUUCUGAAGAAUUCUGUGAACAGAAAUGAGUAUCUUGGAGAGUACACUGGUGAAUUGAUCUCACACCGUGAAGCAGAUAAGCGAGGCAAAAUAUACGACCGUGCAAACUCGUCUUUCCUUUUUGAUUUGAAUGAUCAGUAUGUGCUUGAUGCUUACCGCAAGGGAGACAAAUUGAAAUUUGCCAACCACUCGUCAAAUCCCAACUGUUAUGCAAAGGUGAUGAUGGUGGCAGGGGAUCAUCGGGUUGGCAUAUUUGCUCGAGAGCGUAUAGAGGCUGGUGAAGAACUGUUCUAUGAUUACCGUUAUGGGCCUGAUCAAGCACCUGCAUGGGCUCGCAAGCCCAAUGCUUCUAAACCAGAUGACAUUUUAGUCCCUCAAGCUCGAGCUAAGAAGCACUGAUCUCUUUCCAUCUUGCUUGCUUGCUUGCUUGGAGAGGUAAAAAGUAGCUUAUGUAGCUAUUCCAGGUUGGUGCUGGCAUAGCAGUACGUUUGUGCCCCUUAUUAUACAUAUGUAUAUAUAUGUAAUGUAUGUAUGUGCCUUAAGGAAGGUGAUAUGUAUACACGGUAGAUAGGCAGCAUAUAAUAAUAAGUAUAAUAAUAAUAAUAAUAAUAAUAAUAAUAAUAAUACUAAUAAUAAUAAUAAGGUGGAAAUGGGGGUGAGGCAGGCAGAGCAUUUGUGGUGGCAUGGGUGUCUCAUUUGUAUAUAUUACUGUUAGGAUAAAUAAGAGAUAUGGCAGUGAUGUAUGUAUAAUUGUUGUGAUUGAAUCUUGUAAUGAAUGAAUGAAUGAGGGUGUAUUGGGUAGAGUUGUUGAUUUUGAGUGGGGUGGGGUUUGAUAAUGUUAUUUCCUCCCAAAGUCUCUGUUUUCCAUUCUGUUGUGCUAGAGUUUUGUGUA